AUGAAUCGUGUGCUGUUUUUUCUUCUCUUUGUGCUUAGUGCUGCUUGUGUGGGUGCUGUGGCUGGUGUGGAGACUUUAGAGCAGCCUCAUGGAGAUCUUGUUCAUGGACAGUCCACUACUAUUGACAACAGUCUUGGUGAAGGUCUUGGUGGUGCAGGGACAAGGGGAGGAUUGGAAGAAAGAGAACAACUUGGUGCUAAUCGUGUCAGAAGUGGCCACAGCGAAGGUGAUUCUGAAGGGGAAGAAGGUCCACCUUCUAGUCCCCCACUUGAUUCUGAUGGUGAUGUUUGUCGUAAUACAGGCAAGGGUGGUUCCAAGUGUGAAAAUAACCGUGAAGUAUCUGAAGAUUCUCAUGCUGACUCUGCGGACCCACCUGGCAUGGAGCACUGCACUAAAAAGGAUGGUGAAAGUGAAGCCAAUUGCCUGGAAGCUUCUGUAACUCUUUGUUCACAACCAAAAGUUCCAAAGGAACCAGCUCCCACAUCUCCAAAGGAACCAGCUCCCACUUUACCAACAUCAACCGCUAAAGGUCCACAAGAGGGUCUAGGUCCAUCUAGUGGACAAGCUGAUUCUGGUGCUAUUGUGAAUCGAACUGGUGGUGGUUCUAAUGGUGGUUCUUCUUCUGAUCGUCCUGAUGCACCUGCUCCACCUGCUGCUUCUUCUUCUUCUUCUGCUGAGGAGAGUGCUGCUCCGACUGAAGGCGACAGUCAAGCUGGAGUCAGCGGCAGCAGUGCACCAGGUGAAGGUGCAGCAGAUAAUGCGAAUGCUGAGGAAACACAACCUUCUUCGUCUUCUUCCAGCAGUUCAGAGACAGUGAGUGCCAAUAAUUCUGAUACUGCAAACGCUGGAAAUGGCACUACUUCUCCAGAGGGUGAACCUCAAAGUAACUCAUCUAAUGUGGAAAAUACAGAUACAACACCCAGCAUCACCACCACCACCACAACAACAACAACAACAACACUUCCUCCUGAACUCACAAACAACAAGAAGGGUGAUGCAGACAGCAGUAGCAGUAUCAGCAGUUCUGUGUGGGUGCGUGUUCCACUACUGAUUGUGGUUACACUGGCCUGUAUUCUUGUGUGCUGA